ACGGGUGGUCGCUGAAGUCAGUCAUCAACCUCUCAACGAGUAGCGGCCGAAGAUUGCAAUCAACUUGUCAACCGGUGAUUCCCGAACGCCGUCGUCAACUUCGCAACGAGAGACAGCUGGAGGUUGGUUCCUGAUCACCAUCGCCAUCUUCUCAAGGUGUGACCGCUGAAGAUCGCUUCCAACUUGCAGCGACGUUAUGGGAAUGGUCCUAGUGCUUUUGGCGAUGGCCACGUGCGGUUGCGAAGGAUUGGGAAUGAUGAGUUCGUACGGGAGGAGUAAGGGGACCCCCGAUGGAAGUGCUACUUCCCAGCCGCUCACAGAAGCAGGAGUGAGAAAGCCCUGCACUAACCAAGUAAACUGCACAUUUAUCAAGGGAACGACGUGUCUUAGAGGAUUCUGCUUAUGCGGCGACAAUACGCAUCCUGUUAAUGGAUUAUGCAGCGCUAUCAGAAAAGCGCCAAACCAUCGUUGCGAGAAAGAUGAAGAGUGUGUGGAUGGAGCUACCUGCACGCAACCAUCAGACACAUCGAAAUCAAACGGUGACAGCAACAACGGCGGCAACAAUAACAACAAUAGGAACAAAAAUGGCGGAGAGGACGAGGCUAUGAUUUGCGAAUGCAUGGAUGGAAUGAGGGACGCAGAUUCUUGCAAUGGUGGAUCUGCAAUGAAUCUCAACCUGAUACUGAUGGCUGCAUUGGGACUACUGGCGACCCUGAAUUCCGCACGAAUAUAAUACUGUUCGAGUGUAAACUCAUCAAAGAAAAUUUUUACAUGAGGAUCUAUAACCGAUGUAAGGAAUAUUCACCAACUAGUCAAUUUUUAGGCAAUUGUCCAGCGUUCUAGUCCUAAUUCCGUCGCAUUUCAAGUUAAAGAUAUAAAUGUUUCGUCCAAAUUAUUCACUCAUAACAUAUAAGAUCAAUGUUUCAAUUUUUUGUGGCAACAGACACCUAGAUCAAGUAUUGUGUAUUUGAAAUGAAUAGUUCUAAUUUCUUUUGUCUCCAAAUAAGCAUCGGCAGUUCCCAUUUUUGACUUCUCUCUAUCACCAUGUCGAUGUAUUUUCACUUAGCAUAAAUACAGGGUGUCCGCAAAGUUGGGGUUUUCCUUUUCAGAAAUAACUACCCUUGAAAUAACAAAGGUAAUGUGUAGUGAAACGAGGGCGACCAAGUAAAAAAAAAUAAAGGAAAAAGUACUCACUCUCCAGUUGACGAGAAGGGCUAAGUACGUCUCUGCCCGAAAUCAUACCGCUCCAACAGAAAAUGAAAUCAGCUGAUGUGCUACCAAGCAGACGCCGGCGGUGGUGCAGACCACGAACAGAGGUAACAAAUAUGACCAUCGUGCAAAAACCACAUUGAUUGUCUUACACUUAAUGACACAUCUUCUAACAAGGAAGGCAAAAUGUUGCGUAAAAAGUCUAGGUAUUGCAUCCCGUCCAAUCGACUUGGGAGAAUAAAUGGUCCAAUGAGCAUACCGUUCACCAUGCCAGCCCAAACAUUCGCCGAAAAUGUUUGUUGAAAAUGUGCCCGACUGACAGCGUGCGGAUUUUCUACUGACCAAACAUGAGUGUUGCGAAAGUUAUUCACCCCAUUACGCGUGAACGUAGAUUCGUCUGUCACCAAUAUGCACU